GAAGUGAUGUAGCCAAGACUCCCAGCGAAACGAAAACAAUCGCCGCGGCUGACACGCGGAAGCAGCAGCUCCUUGCGCAUUCACAACAGACCGUUCCCCGUGUCGCCUGCCGCUCGUGACGCAGCAGGUCCCGGCAAAACACCGAUUGUUACCCCGACGAUUAAAAACAAACAAGAAGCUCCCUGCCAGCGAGGUUGAGGGUGAAUAUGUCGGUGCCGCACAAUGUACCAUCUCCAGACAGCGCGAUGCAGGCAACUAAUUUUGCCCACGUGAUCUUUCAGAAUGUGGCAAAGAGUUACCUUCCAAAUGCCCCCCUGGAGUGUCAUUACACGCUAACCCAGUAUAUCCAUCCACACCAGAAAGACUGGGUUGGCAUUUUCAAGGUGGGAUGGAGUACCGCUCGAGAUUAUUACACAUUCCUUUGGUCUCCUAUGCCAGAAAAUUAUAAAUUGGAAUCCACGUGUAAUUGCGUGGUGACUUUUCAAGGAUACUAUCUCCCCAACGAUGAUGGGGAAUUUUACCAGUUUUGCUAUGUGACGCACAAGGGGGAGAUCCGUGGAGCGAGUACACCUUUCCAGUUUCGGACAUCUUCUCCAGUCGAUGAACUUCUAACCAUGGAAGAUGAAGGCCACUCGGACAUGCUGGUUGUGACUACUAAAGCGGGACUCCUGGAGUUAAAAAUUGAAAAAACAAUGAAAGAAAAGGAGGAACUGUUAAAGGUGACUGCGGUGCUGGAAAGGGAAACGGCCGAACUGAGGCAACAAACGGAAGCUCUGGAGAAUCAGCUUAUCCAGAAAAGAGAGGAAUCGGCCGCACUGGCACUGGAGAAAGAGGAAUUAAAUCACAAGUCUGAAGUGCUAAAAGCUGAAAGUGAAGAAUUGAAGAGAAAAUGUAAGGAGAUGUCUACUAAAAUCCUCCAGCUUGAAGAGGACGUGAUGGCUGUCACUCAGAAGGCCAUAGCAAAGGAAACUGAAUUGGACAGUGUAAAAGAUAAGCUGAGUAAAGUAAUGCUAGAGAAAGAACAACUGGAAUGUCAACUGAAGAAUGAGAAGGAUGAGAAGGAACUGUACAAGGUUCAUUUAAAGAAUACCGAAAUUGAAAAUACUAAGCUACACACAGAGCUGCAGACGUUAAAGAACUUGGACACAAGCAAGGAAAACCUAAUAUAUCACUACAAAGAGGAGAUCAGCAAACUGAAGAUCUGCCUGUCUGACAAGGAAAAACUGCAGAGAGAACUUCUGCAGAAUUCUGCAGAAAAAGAGAACACAAUGUUUUUAAAGCACCAGCUACGCCAAUUAGAAGAUGAGCACCAGGCCAGCAAGCAAGCGGUGUCAUUAAUGUCUAAGGAGCUAAGCGAUGCGGUUAAUAUUCGUGAUAAGACCAUGGCCGACCUACACAGUUCUCGCCUUGAGACAGAGAGUGUGAGAAAGCAGCUGUCUGAUGCGCUGGCCCAGCUCAGCUUACGGGAUGUUCACUUACAGAAAUCCUCCACGGCCUCUGUGAAAAAGGAACCAACGAAACCGCAUUCAGAAAAUACAAUAGUGGAGCAAGAACUUCGCAAAGAGGUUGAGGACCUGAAGCGGAGACUGCAAAUGACAACAGAACACUGUAAGGAACAACUUAAAGAGAGCCAGAAACUCCAGAAGCAAGUGACACAACUCACAGAUAGGCUUAAAGAGGCAGAAAACCAACAGAAAAAAACAGACAUAAGUGUCAAUGCAGCAAUAGCAGCAGCUGACGUGCAACCGUUUACUCCACCAGCGAGUCCAUAUUCAUCAGACUCUGUACCUGAUUUUGUCAUAAAAGAGCAAGUGCUGCAAAUGAACAAGGAAAUCACUGAAAAAACUGAAAAGUUUCGGAAGUGUAAACAGAUGUUGGCGGAGGAGAAGGCAAGGUCCAGCGCUUAUGCUGAUGACGUGGCCAAGAUGGAACUGAAAUGGAAGGAACAGUUGAAAGUCAACGAAGGCAUAAAGCUGCAGUUAUUAGCUAUUGAAGACCAAUAUAAAAUACAGUCCGCAGAAAAAGACCGGGAAAUAGCAGAACUUUCAAGUAAGGUUGAACUACUCCUCACGGAAAAGAAAAGGCUGGAGAACUCUAUUACGGAGCUUAAAAUAAACUUGGAGAAGCUGUCGGAAAGAGCUGCAGUUGAACACAAUUUACCAAGCGGCUCUCAGUUUUUGCAGUUCUUUAACUCUUCGUGUGAAGAACACAGAGACGUGCCCGUCAUCCCUGUCCAGGGACCUGUUCUGCACUUUGGAAAUCCUUAUGCAACGCAGGCAACGAGAGAUGGAGCAGAUGGUGCUUUUAACCCAGAUGAAAUCCAGGUUCAACCUGUAGGACCACCAGCAAGGCCACCCUCAUGGAGUCUGGAAGGCAGAGUUGUGUGUAGUCAACCUGCUCGCAACCUCAGCCGCCCGGAUGGCUUGGAAGAUCCAGACGAUAAUAACGUAAGCCUGGUCAAUGAGAAACAUUAGCAGGCUGUAAAUUUGCCAACUCGUGGGGUUAAGAUUUGUAUUAUCUUUAUCAGAUUAGUGUAUUAGUGCAUAUCAGUUUCAGAUAAGAGA